UGUUAUGGCCAUGGUGUCUGGGGGCUGGGGAGAUCCCAACGGUGACACUAACGGGAUGGGGAAGGGCUACCCCAGAAACUCAGAGGAGGAUGAGGCUUCACCUCCUGGAGGCAUGAGCGACCCGGAGCAGGGUGACGAGGAACGGCCUGGAAUUCAGGUGGAUUGUGUAGUGUGCGGUGACAAGUCCAGUGGCAAGCAUUAUGGAGUUUUCACCUGUGAAGGAUGCAAAAGUUUCUUUAAAAGGAGUAUACGUAGAAACCUCAGUUACACCUGCAGGUCAAAUCGCGACUGUCAGAUUGACCAGCAUCACCGCAACCAAUGUCAGUACUGCCGACUAAAGAAAUGCUUCCGUGUGGGCAUGAGGAAGGAAGGUACAGUACAUGCAACCUUCAGACAAGCUGUCCAGCGAGGAAGGAUCCCUCCUGCUCACUCCAGUGCAAGCCCCACUACUGCACCUGGAGGCAGCGAGUAUUUUAAUGGACAGCCAGUUUCUGAACUCAUCUCCCAGCUGCUGCGAGCAGAACCUUACCCAGCUUCUCGCUACGGGUCGCAGUAUGCUCAACAGGGCAGUGUUAUGGGCAUUGAUAACAUCUGUGAAUUGGCUGCCAGGCUCCUUUUCAGCACUGUGGAGUGGUCCAGAAAUAUCCCUUACUUCCCAGAGCUUGCUAUGGCAGACCAAGUUUCCCUGCUUCGGCUGAGUUGGAGUGAACUGUUUGUGCUAAAUGCAGCCCAGUCAGCCCUUCCACUGCACAUGGCCCCGUUAUUGGCUGCUGCUGGCUUCCAUGCCUCUCCUAUGUCUGCUGACAGGGUGGUCUCCUUCAUGGACCAGAUACGGGUCUUCCAGGAUCAAGUGGAAAAGCUUAAUCGUCUUCAGGUGGACUCAGCGGAGUAUGCAUGUCUGAAAGCAAUUGCACUCUUUACUUCAGAUGCCAGAAACCUCACUGACCCAGCCCAUGUGGAGAGCUUACAGGAAAAAGCCCAAGUGGCUCUCACAGAGUAUGUUCGUGCUCAGUACCCCUCUCAGCCUCAACGUUUUGGACGGCUUCUCCUGCGGCUACCUGCUCUCAGAGCUGUGCCCGCAUCCCUCAUCUCUCAGCUAUUCUUUAUGAGGCUUGUGGGCAAAACUCCCAUAGAGACACUUAUUCGGGACAUGCUCCUCUCUGGGAGCAGUUUCAAUUGGCCCUAUUCCACUGGUCAGUAGCGGCAGCUGGCCUUAGGUUGUCUCUUAAUCUGGCUGCAUCCUCUACACUACAUAAGGACAGCUUUCUGCACUUUUCUGAGUGUAAGCCCCUUCCCCCUGCUGCAAAAUACUAAGGCACUUCCAAACUUAAUGGAGAAAUACUUUGACAAUUUCCCCAGGAUUGCUUUGUUGUCAAUAAAACAAAUGGGAAAUUGGUUACUGUCAGGUCUUAGAAACUCUUUGGGAAGGCAGUCUCUUAUGUUCCUGGGCUUGUACUUGAUAAUAAAAGCACUAAAUAAGCUUCUAGCAGUUACAAGUGACACUAGAGCAUAUCCUCAUUACCAACUGAUCCAAUGAAAGUCCUAGGAGAUUCUCUUCAUUUUGACUACAUAGCUUAGUCUUUAUCCUCUCUACCUCCAGAAUGUCCACAUUUAAUGUCCUAGAAGAAAGCUGUUCCAGGAAUGGAAAGGAAGUGCCAAGUUUUGGUGUACUUAUUAGAAUCAGUCAUGUGAUGGAGGCCUGACUAUAAUCUUGUAUUAAUAGUAGCAUUCUUUACGCUUCACUUGAGAUAAAUGGGUUAAAAAUACAAGUGUUCCCUUUAAAGGAGUUUCCUGGAUCUCUACAUUAUUUAAAAAAAAAAAAAAUUUUUUUUUUUUUUUUUUUUUUUACUAGCCUCUUAUUGUAAUAUCUGAUUAAAAAAAAUCAGUCCCCAAAAUAUUUUUUUUUUUUUGUAAUCCACAAUUAUACAAUCGUAAGGGUGUUUAAAUAUAUAUUUACAUUACAAAUUUACCGUAUGGUUGUCUAAUCCUUAAUUUUAAUUUGUUUUUAUUAUUUUACUGUAUAAGACAUAUGUAAAGUCUUGUUCUUAAUCAUGUGACUCGGGUUAUGGUGCUAUACAAAAUAACAAUCCAAUCUAGUAUCAGAUACGUUUAGGAAGAACCACCGAGUUAUAGAUGCUGAGUUUAUUAUUUUUCCCCUAAUCUGGUUUUGUUCCGCAAGACUGAGAUGGUAAAAGGUGAGCCAUAUUGGUUGUUAUUUAUGUAGUUCUGCUUCUGACACGCUCAUUUAUUAUGGAGAAAACUCCUCUUUUGUUGAGUAGAUGACCCAGAGAACACAUAUAAGACCAAGGGAGAUGUACUAAGAAGUGAAAAGUGUGGAGAAGUUGCCCAUGGCAACCAAUCAGCUUCUAUGUAUAAUUUUAUAGUAUGCAAAUUAUAAAUGUUCCUUCAAAGCUGAUUGGUUGCCAUGGGCUCACUUCUCCAUGCUUUUCACUGCUUAGUACAUCUCCCCCCAAGUCUGAUUUUUUUUUAUGGACACAAUACUCUUGCUGAGUUACAACAUGGUUUAACAUUUUUAAAUGCUUCUGUUUAAAAACUUAUCCAGAUGAUCACUAUUAUAGAAUUUACAUUUGUUGCUUUCCGUACAGUAUGUGACACUGUUAAUCUGCAGGUGAAAUCCUGCACACGAGAGGAUGGGUGUGAGAGAUAUCUUCAUCAUCAUUUUCUGGUGUUCUGUGUCUGUACUCUCAUUAAGAGUGCUUAUAAAGCACUUUCCCAUUAGCUUCUGUGAUGUGAUUUAAACAAACGUCCCUUAAAAAAAAAAAGUGUAUUUUCAUGUAAAUAUGGUGUGUUCCAGUGUGACAAAUGAUUUUGUUUAAUUUUUCAUGAUCAUUGAUGCAAAAAUAAAUAAAAUAAAAAAACAAUUGAAAUAAUUAAAAUAAAGCUAUUAGGUAAAAAAAGAACUGUCUUAUAGUAAAGUAAUCUUUCUUCAAAUGCUCUUAAUGGUACGAUGGAUGCACCAUGUCUCAAAUGACCACUGUUCCUUGUUAUAUGUACUAUAAACAUGUUUAUUUCUUUUAGUUUUUUUUAAUCAUGUAUAUGUAUAUCUUGAAAAUUAAGUCCCAGCUUUGUCCUUUGGUUCAGUUUUAAAACCCUUAGUUUGCCCUUUUGGCACCAAAGAUGCAGUUGAUAAAUUAUGUCUUUGAUGACUGAACUAAAGAACUGCAGUUUCCGCCAACAAGCAAAGAGACUAUUGUAGUUUUGCAAAGCCAAUGUUCUUUUGUGUGUUUCUACUCUUACAUUUGUAUGUAUAAACAUUCUGCUAAUGCCAAAAAUGGGUGGAAGGGAAUAUUGCCAAAGAAGGAAUGUCAAAAUAAUAAUAAAAUUAAAAAAAUGACACCGAA